CACUACCGACGGUUAUCCGGUAGGAGGAGACAAGUGUCAUCUUUUCCGUGCUCUUGCACUGACAAACCGUCCAUAAUACGGAGGAUCCCCUUGUGUUGAUUGUAGGAAAACACGACAGCUGAAAAACAAUGCACAUUUUAUUGUGUAUUUAACUCCACGUCUUAGUCAAGACAUCGGGUAUUAACCGGCAUUAUUCGACCGCCUCAUCUAUGAAUUGGAGUCGUGGGCCCCAGCGCACCGGCUCCAGCCAUGGCGGCCAGGCAUACGGCCGCUGGCGGCGGUGACACCGCGGACUGCGAAACGGCAGCUGUUAGGUCAAGCAGAAAGGAGAAUCUGUAUCCUUUUUAUGCCGGAACAGUUCUACUCUGUCGGUGGACUUUUUCUUUUCUUUGUAUUCUGAUGGAUAUUUAUUGAGAAUUACACUCGUUCAGUCGAACAGAACAAGGUUUUUAAAGGGGAGUGACAGAAAAAACAAAAAGGACAGAGUUAAAGGUAACAAAAUAAUAUAGGAAAAGACAACAAAAGACAAAGCACUAGCUGUAAACAAGAUGAGGAAUGUAAAGCAUUAUAUACCUAAUACAAUGACACGUUGAAUUAGAGUGUUGUAUGGGUCAGUAGUGCUACACCAUAUGAGGGAAGGAUAGGACAAUAUAGGAAAGGACAGGCACAGGAGGGGAAGCAUGCAGAACAGGGCCGUGGACCCGGCUGUACAACUGAAGUAUGGUGGGAGUAGCUAUGUAUAUUAUAAACAUCUGUAGGGCCAGUGUGUAAGGGAGGGGAUUACCCAAGAAAUUUACAUAGUUAUGUUAUUUGUUGCUUUGAGUGAGUGGUCACACACCCAGCGAAUAAGUCCCUGGGUUGUGUGUCUGUUGACACAUGCAAGUGAAUUUACACCGUUUUGCAUGCACAAUAGUCAGAAGUGUCCUGUAAUUGCUGUGGCUGGACCGCGGGUGCUGAGCACCCCACACCACCCAAUCGAGAGGCUGGGUCGGGCCCAGAAGUCCACCCAAAAGUGGCAUGGUGGACGGGACACCUCCCACCACCGAGGUGCCCCGAAAACUGGCCACCAGGAAUACCGUCUGUUGUUGACUGUUGUUCUCUGUUUGAGUAAUAUCACUAGAUUGAAGCUGUUAUAACAUUCCUUACUACAAAAUUAGUAAAAAUAUAUAUUAGGGGUAGAACAAGUCACAAAAUCCACAGUUCUGUUUUGUUUGUUUGUUUUUGUUUUGGGGUCACUGUUCAUGGUUCUGUUCGCUACACGUUAACUCUUUGGAAAAUUUUAUGUCUUGUACUCUAGGUUGGGUCGCAGGGGCAACUAGCUUAACUCAUUCACUGCCAUCCGUUCCCUGAGCAGGGAACCCCCAGACUGCCAGCCAUUUUCGAGCAAUUUCACUCAUUUUUCGAGAGAGAGCUGGCCCAUUUUGUGGCUCCAGCAUAAGGUCUUGGCUCCUUGCGGCAUGAGACACGUCACUUCCGGCUCACGGUGGCUCACCCGUUGGCUCACGGUGGCUCACAGCCUGCUCAUCUUGGCAUAUCGAGACAUAUUCGACUGCUCAUUCCACGACAUCGUAUGUGCUUUGAAAUGAAGAUGUACUGCUUGUGGAAAACCAAAUGAACUGCAUCUCUCUGCCCAGCCCGAUGACUCAAUCCACAAUGGUUGGUAUGUCGAUGAGCAUGGAGAUGCCCCGGAAGCGAAAGGGCAGUGUGGACAACCAGGAGACAAGAUUGGCCCCCAUCACCAAUGCAGAUAUGGAAGAAGACCAAAACGACUCAGAUGGAGAGGACCAACAUGCCAAAAUGAAAUGCUUUAGAGAGCCACACAGCCAAAUUGAAAAGAGAAGGCGGGACAAAAUGAACACGCUCAUUGAAAAGCUGUCAGACAUGAUUCCAACAUGUAACCCAAUGUCUCGAAAGCUAGACAAACUCACUGUGCUCAGAAUGGCCGUGCAGCACCUCAAAUCCCUCAGAGGUUCUGCAAGCUCUCUUUCUGACGCCAACUACAAACCAUCAUUCCUGGCUGAUGAGGAGCUCAAACAACUUAUCUUAAAGGCUGCAGAUGGGUUCCUGUUUGUAGUCGGCUGUGAUCGUGGGAAAAUUGUUUUUGUCUCUGAGUCCAUCACGAAGAUAUUAAAUUAUAGUCUGGUAGAAAUGAUUGGUCAGAGCUUCUUUGAUUAUGUCCACCCUAAAGACAUAAGCAAAGUGAAGGAGCAACUGUCAGCCUCUGAAUUAUACCCACGGGAACGGCUAAUAGAUGCAAAAACUGGCUUGCAGGUCCAGGCUGACCUCCCAGUCGGCGCAGCACGACUGUGUUCAGGUGCACGGCGCUCCUUCUUCUGUCGCAUGAAGUGCAACAAAACCUCUGUCAAAGUGGAGGAGAAGGAAUUGCAAGCAAGUACUUCCAAAAAGAAAGAGUCUCAGAAGUACUGUACUGUCCACUGUACUGGCUACAUGCGCAGUUGGCACUCCAGUCAGCUGGAAGCAGAGGGUGAGGGCGACGCAGAUAAGCACGAUGGCUCUCAUUUCAGCUGUCUGGUCGCUGUGGGCCGCAUUCACUCCCACUCGUUGCCUCAAGUUAAUGGAGAUUUCCGGGUCAAAGCCACAGAGUUCAUCACACGCUAUACCAUGGAUGGCAAGUUCACUUUUGUUGAUCAAAGAGCAACAACCAUUCUUGGUUACCUUCCCCAAGAAUUGCUUGGGACUUCAUGCUAUGAGUACUUCCACCAAGAUGACUUACCGCAUUUAGCUGACAGUCAUCGAAAAGUGCUGCGAAGUAAAGAGAAAAUAGAAACAAACAGCUACAAGUUCAAAACUAAAUAUGGCUCCUUUGUCACACUGCAAAGUCAGUGGUUUAGUUUUGUAAACCCGUGGACCAAAGAAGUUGAAUAUAUUGUGUCAACAAAUACAGUCAUAUCGCAUGAUGAUCACAGUCGAUCAGGUCAGUCAGGGAACAAGACUGAACAGUCUUCAAACGCUUUAGGAGAGGAUGGAAAAAAAUCUCUUCCCAUUCUACCAGGCAUCUCUACCAAACCCGAGACGAGGAUAUAUGCUGGAAUUAUUGGAACCCAGAUUGCCAAUGAGCUGCUUGACUUUAACAGAAUGAACUCGUCACCCUCCAGCGGUAAUGUGAGUCCGUUUAGUCUGCCACUGGACAAAUCUCCACUUCAAACAACUAACAACCAAGUCAAGAACAAUGUGCCAAAUGGGGACGCUACAGAGAUGGCGAUGCCAGAGAAGUCCAGCUCAGAGGAUGACCCCCAGGAAACUCCAUUUCCUGGAGUGGAGACACUCAUGGGGGACAAUUCACAGGUCGACCUGGACAGCGUUGUUGGACCGGGCCUUGGCAGUCUUAGCAAUGAUGAAGCAGCUAUGGCAGUGAUCAUGAGACUCCUGGAGACGGACUCAAACUUGGGUGAAGGCGAGGACUUUGAAGAGAUGCAAUGGUCCGUAUAGAAUCCCCAUGGUUGAAAGGCGAGACAGUGACAAAAAAACUUUCAGGUUUUCCAGUUUAUUUAUUUGUCAAUCUUAAAACCUGUUUGACCGCAUCUUCUUAACAGGCAACUGUUUUGCCUAUUAUAAGGCUUUUCUCUGGAGGAGGCACCUAUGCCUCCAAAGCCUUACUGCAAACUGCCUGCCAUGGAAAAUGUUGUUUUACUGUCAGCCCAUGGUUAAUCAGUGAGGCCUCAUACAGUUGGUAAAUCCAUGAUGUCCAAAGGACACUGUCAAAAAAAACAGUGGUUUGGGAAUCCUGCUUAUGUUUUCCACCUCCACUUGAACACAGGAUUGGAGUGAUGCAAAAAAAAAAAAAAUGCACUGAAUUGACUUUUUUCUUUAAACAUUAACUUUUGCUAAAAAUGGAGCAAUUGUCCUUGCGUGUUUGUGAACCUUGUCCAUCCUUCAUUUGCCGCAGAGCAGCUGUUUUUGUCACCCUCCCCCUGGGUUUGUCAGCAGUGCAAUGCUUAAUCAAUAGACAUUAAGAAACAAUGGCUUAGCAAUCGCCUCAAAUCUGUCUCAUUAAAGAUAUAAUAUAGUUUAUUUUUUGAGUCAGACUGAAGAGGUGAAUACUCAGGAGUGACGGGGAACAAAGCCGCCCAAUGUAAGCAUGCAAUACAGUCAGACAGUUCUUAGCAGCUGUAGCAGUAUUUAACAUUUUACAUUAUUUCACUACAUACUUAAACUUGAAUUAUAUAACUGUUCUGUUCUUGUGGUCUGCUUUAUCAUAAGCAGUUUACAUUUUUAUUCAUAUUAUUGCCGUGGCAGUCAUCCAUUAAUAGAUUUAAGGGAUUAUAUCAUGCAGUCAUCAUGCAUUCCAUAAAUGUUUGAAUUACGUCUCUUUUUCCUUGUAAUUGUCACUUCUUCUAUCAUACAGGUAAAGUUCUGUUGCUGUACUGUGAUCUGACAUUUGAAUGAGUCCUUCAGUUAAAGUUACCUCAUCUUGUUUUGUCCACAGUUGACAUUGCACAUAACACUAAACAGGAGUGACUUGUGUGGUAUAUACAGUGGCUGAAAUAAGUAUUUGACACGUCACCAUUUUUCCUCACUAAAUAUAUUUCCAAAGGUGCUAUUGACAUGAAAUUUUCACCAGAUGUUGGGAACAACCCAAGCAACCCAUACAUACAAAGAAAGUAUAACAAAUAAGAUCAGAAAUUAAUUUGUGUAAUAAUGUGCAAUGACUACAGGGAAAAGGUAUUGAACACAUGAAGAAAGGUAGGUGCAAAAAGGCAUGAAAAGCCAAGACAACACCUACAAUCUAUCAAUAAUCAAACAGCAAUCCAGCCACUUGUCAGUGCAAAUGAACAUCAGCUGUUUCAGUCCUAACUGAUGGUCUACAAAAAGGUCUCAUUGCCAAGGUGUUAGUCAAGACACAUCACAUGGGUAAGAGCAAAGAGCUGUCUCAAGACCAACGCAAACUACCAUAAUUUCUCAUGUAUAUUGCGCAUUUUUUCCCCCCAAAAAAUUGUCAAAAGUCAAUAGUGCGCAUUAUACAUAGGUAUAGGGGCAAAUGGAAAAAACAUUCACAUUUUAUAAAUAUAUGCCGCCAUCUAGUGGUUAUGAAAAAGCUGUACACGUUCAUUCCAAAAUGCCACCGCCACCUAGUGGUUAUAAAAAAGGAGUAGCCUACACAUUCAUUCCAAUAUGACAGGGUAUGACUGAAUAUAUGCUGGCAAAAUUUGUGAAAUAUAUAUAUAUAUAUAUAUUUUUUUUUUAAUAUGACUGAUGACUGAAUAACAACCAUCAUUAGUUUCUUUAUGGUUAUGUUUUGUUGAAUUAUAAUGCUUGACUGUUUAAUUUGAAUCCCAUUAUAAUAAAAUUAAAUGUGUUUCGCUUGGUCCUUCAUGUUUCCUUUCAAGAAUUGUACCCAUCUUACAAAUUCUGCCGGGGUAAUCAAACACCUGAGCACAACUGUGUGUUUUCUAAUUUACUAAAUAAAAGUAGGGCAAUGAAUUUCAAAAUAAGAGCAAGUAAAUAAAUAAAAAAAAUAUUACGUGUUCAAAUAAAGUGCUUAACUACCGAAUAAUUCUUUGAAAAAACAAUAACAUAAUACAGAUCAUACUUAAUGUUUUAAUCAUAUGGGUAGAAGCAAACUCAUGCAUUGUAAAAAUGCAUUUUACAUAGGUAGAAGGGUUUAAUUUUGGGGGUGCGUAUUAUACAUGGGUGCGCAUUAUACACGAGAGAUUGUGGUAAUUGUUGCAAAACAUAAUGAUUGCAUUGGUUACAGGCGCAUAUCAAAGCUUCUGAAUGUUCCAGUGAGCACGGUUGGGGCCAUAAUACGUAUGUGGAAAGCCAAUUAUACCACCAUGGAUUUGCCUCGAUCUGGUGCGCCUCACAAGAUUUCUGACUGAAGAGUGCAAAGAAUAAUCAGAAGAGUUGUCCAAGAGCAAAGGACCAACUGUGGAGAGCUUAAAAAAGACCUGGAAUUAGCAGGUACCAUUGUCCGAGGAAAACAGUGAGUAAUGCACUCCGCCGUCAUGGGCUGUAUGUACGCUCAAGUCAUCACACAAGAACCCAUUGCUGAUAAAAUGCAUGUCAAAACUCAUUUAAAGUUUGCUGAAUAACAUUUGGACAAGCCAGUUAAAAAAUGGGAGAAUAUAGUCUGGUCGGAUGAGUGCAAUAUUUAACUGUUUGGAUGCCAUAAUGCACACCAUGUUUAGAGGAGAAAUGGCACUGCACAUCACCCUAAAAACACCAUACCAACAGUGAAGUUCGGAGGUGGGAACAUGAUGGUGUGGGGCUGCUUUACAGCAAAUGGUACUGGUAAGCUUCACAUUAUUGAAGGAAAGAUGAAUUGACAAAUGUACCGAGACAUUCUUGACAAGAAUCUGCUGCCAUCUACGAGGAUGAUGAAAAUGAAACGAGGGUGGACAUUUCAUCAGGAUAUUGAUCCAAAACAUACUGCCAAGGAAACUCUCAAUUGGUUUCAAAGAAAAAAAAAUAAAGCUGCUCGAAUGGCCCAGCCAAUCACCUGACUCAAAUCCAAUCAAACAUCUAUGGGAAGAACUGAAACUCAAGGUCCGUAAAAGAAGCCCACAGAACCUUCAAGAUUUGAAGACUGCUUGUGUGGAGGAAUGGGCCAAAAUCACACCAGAGCAAUGCCUGCAACUAGUUUCUCCGUACAGGAGGCAUCUUGAACCUGUCACUGCAAACGUUUUUUGUACAAAGUAUUAAAUAAAUACAGUUGGUGUGUUCAAUACUUGUUCCCUAUGUCAUUUCACAUUUUUACACACGUCUUAAUUCCUGAUCUUAUUUGUUCUAGUUUCUUUGUAUGUAUGGAUUACUUGGGUUGUUUCCAACAUCUGGUGAAAUAUUCAUCAAUAGCAGCUUUGGAAAUAUAUUUAGUGAGAAAAAUGGUGACGUGAGAUACUUAUUUUAGCCGCUGUAUGUUGGACUUCUGUCUCGGUGUUGAGCUGUUCAACCAGAUGGCCUUCGAUGAGUUGAAGUUGUCUCAAAUUACAACACACAAAAAACUAACACAAUUUUGACAAAAGUAUGUGGACACCUGGCCAUUACAAAUACAGGAAGUGAGUCAGCCCCGCUAACUUUCAACUAUUAUAGGAAAUCUUUCUACAUUAUUUUGGAGGUUUCUUUGGGAAUUGGUGAAAUUAGAAAUCACUCAUGUUAAGACAUGUUGAUGAUGACAAAGGUCCUGCUUGCUCAUGAUGUUGCUUUAUCACUGGUGGUGUUUCACAGAUUUCACAGGCCAGGACUCGUAUACUUCCACACAAAGCUCACCCAAGCAUGCCCUUAUGGUCAUUGUUGCAAGCACUUGGGCACAGUCGUGCUUGAACAGUGGGGUUUCCACCAAACGUUUACCAUAAAGCAUAAAAUUGUGGGAGUGAAAGUCUUGAUAAGAUUAAUAUUUUAGAUUAAAGUGGAACUCACGUCUAACCCCAUCUCUUUGCUAGAGAUGUCUCAAGACUUUUGUCUUUGUCUUCUGUUGCAUUUCGAUUUGUAGAAAGUACCGUUCAUCAAUACGAAAUGAAUGCAUCGCAAGCUCAUCUGUUACCCUAACAGGCAUUUUGUGUAUGUGUGCAGAUGAAGAACUAUUAUGUUUCAAUGCAUUGUGAAUGAUGAGAUGUUAAAAUACACACAUUGUUCGUAUACCAUUGAGUCCCUAAAACCAAGAUGGCUAAAGACUGAGUACCAGCUGAGUUAUAUGUUGUAAUUCCAUGUAUCCAUGCUGCCAUUGUUUCUACUGGUGUUCUUUUGGGAUUGUGAAACAUUUUAUAAUAACAGCUAUUUAUGAUUCAUUAGGAAUAAUGUGUCUCUUGUCAUAUGCUUUAAAUACGAGGAGCCAACAGAUAGAGAGCAUAUUAACUUGUGGACACUCCUGCUUUUGUCCAAUGUGCCUUUGGACAUUUCCACUUUGGCCCGCAAUAAAGCGGUUUGUAUUUCACCGCCCCGCCCACCCCUCCCCCAUCCCUCCACUGGUGACACCUCAGCUGACUGAAAGGAGGGCUUCUUGUAUGAUGUUCAAUUGCAUCUUUGGAUUUGACUUGACAUCACGUGGCAUGCUGUGCCAGUCUUCAUUUAAAUAAAUCAGAUACUGUAAUGGUGGCUUAUGCAUUAACUACCUGAACAUAUUUGGAGAGCAGACACAAGAUAGUCUAUUAGAGCAUCCACAUUGUAUGUCCGUUCUUUGAGUUCAAUCUUUACACUGUUGUAGCUCUCCAUUUUCCCAUUGUUGUCAGAUUCUUUUGUGAAUGGUAAACUUUAAAGGAAGGGUUUAUAUUUUACCUCCUGUUUAAGUGAAAUCAUAGAUUUUGUUUGCUAGGUGUCAUGUUUUGAUUUUAUACCUGUUCUCUUUCCAGUGGCAUCACACUUUUAUAUGAUUUUCUGAUUGACAGGUGCUUGUGUGCAAUUAUACAACUGCCCCAGUACAGAACCUUUUGAGCUUGAAUUUGACUUUUAUUAAACAUGAUACUGUUUUCAGCCACAUCAUGCCACUCUUGAGUUUACUCUUUCAUAUUUGGCUCGAGAGGAAGCCAUUACUGUAUUUGUCUAUGGCAUAUUGCUGCUACAAUUAACAAGUGUGGUAUCUCUUCCCAGGCCGUACUAUUAAUAAAUGUUAAUUGACUAAACUCCCAACAUGACCAAUGUCCAUUUUUUUUCAGUUAUCAGAAACCGUAGAUCCAGACACAAAAUCAAAUCAAAAAAUCAAAGUGCUGACAAGUAUUCUACCCUUUUGACCUUUUGAAUUAUUAUUUUAAGUAAACAUGUUAAAAUUGGGACUUGAAAAGGUAUUAAUUCAUCUUUCCAACGGCCAACUAUUAGUUCUGCGCUCUGGAAAUCUGGCCUUUAUGGAAGAGUGAUAGUGACACAACUUUUUGAGACCAAUAUUGAAAUUGGCCUAAAUGUUAUAUGCUCUGUGGGGCAUAAAAACAAACAUUGCACUUUACCCUGAAUGCACCAUAAUCACGAUGAAACAUACUGUAUGACCCCGGGGGUACUUUUGCACGCCACAUACAUACAGUAUUGUAGAUUUCAAGCAUUUUCCUUGCACCACUUUGUGUUGAUCUGUCACGUGAACUAAAUGUACACUUAGGAUUGUGAUGAGACAAAAGAGGAAAAGUUGAAAUAGUACAAAAAUGGUACAUGCUUGUUUUCAUUAGGAAGAAUUAUUCCUGAAGGUUAAAAGAAACCCUAUGACGAGUACAAUAAAUGGAUUCAGGUUUCCCUUGCCCGGAGGCGGGUCACCGGGGCCCCCCUCUGGAGCCAGGCCCGGAGGUGGGGCUCGAAGGCGAGCGCCUGGUGGCCAGGCCUGCACCCAUGGGGCCCGGCCGGGCACAGCCCGAAAGGGUAACGUGGGUCCCCCUUCCCAUGGGCUCACCACCUGUGGGAGGGGCCAUAGGGGUCGGGUGCACUGCAAGCUGGGCGGUGGCCGAAGGCGGGGACCUUGGCGAUCCGAUCUCCGGCUACAGAA